CUCACGUGGACUAGACCGGUUUCCGGUUACGGCUAAUACAGUUUCCUUGGUUCCGACGGAAGCGGAAGUAUUGUUAUGUCGGUGGAGGCGGGGGAAGUGUGUUAGAAGAAGGGGGAUAUUUGGCCGUGAAGAUGGAGUUUCCAGGGGGCAAUGACAGUUACCUGACCAUAACUGGAUCAGGACACCCCUUCCUCACUGGGACAGAGACAUUUCACACACCUAGCCUGGGCGAUGAAGAGUUUGAAAUACCCCCCAUCUCUCUAGAUUCUGACCCGUCCCUUGCAGUGUCUGAUGUUGUUGGACAAUUUGAUGACCUUGGAGAUCCCUCAGGAGUUCAGGAUGGCGGCUUUGCAGCACAAUAUGGAGUGCAGACUUUGGACAUGCCAGUGGAGAUGACUCAUGAGGUGAUGGAGCAGGCAGGGGGGCUGCUUGGACCCGGGCUUUCCAUGGACCUAGACCAUCCCAUUGUCACCUCGUACAGCGCAAACCCCACAGUUACCAUAGAUGUGUCAAUGGCAGAUAUAUCAUCUGGGCUCCUGUCACACAGUCAGCUUACGACCAUUGACCAAUCAGAAUUAAGCUCUCAGCUUGGCCUUAGCCUUGGGGGUGGAACCAUUCUGCCUCCGGUCCAGUCCCCUGAGGAUCACCUUUCACCAACUCCGUCUCCAAACAGCUCUUUGCAGGACGAGGACAUGGAGGACUUUAGGAGGAUAACUGCUCCAAAGAACAUUGUUGUGGAGCAAACUAAGAAGCAAAAAACCCCCAAAGGCAAAAAAAGGAAGAAAGAUCCCAAUGAGCCACAGAAGCCUCUGUCUGCAUAUGCCCUGUUUUUCCGUGACACACAGGCUGCCAUCAAGGGACAGAACCCCAAUGCUACCUUUGGGGAAGUAUCCAAGAUUGUUGCUUCUAUGUGGGACAGCCUUGGAGAGGAACAGAAACAGGUUUACAAGAGGAAAACGGAAGCCGCUAAGAAGGAGUAUCUGAAGGCGUUGGCAUUAUACAAGGAAAACCAGAUGACACAGGUGGUUGUUGACACAAUGGAUUUGGACCCCCCAGCUGCACCAGCUUUGCUGUCUGAAUCUCCAGUACAUUCUCCCUCUGUAGUAACUGUCCCCAGUCUCCAGCAGUGUGUAUCAUCGCCCCCUUCACAAACCCCUCCACCUGCACCCACCCCUCCUCCUGCUCCGACGCCGCCUCCCCAAGCACCUCCUAUUGCCCAGCCAAGCAUUGCAAAAAUAAUAAUAUCCAAGCAAAUGCUUCAGUCAGGACAAAUCCCCACAUCCAUUGCCAUGUCUCAGAGUGUGGUGACGGUCAUCCCAGCCACUGUGGUGACAUCUCGUGGACUCCCGCUACACCAGCUGCAGCCCAGCCCACAGGCGCAAAGGAUUACCCGCUCUGUGUUGCAGGCAGCAAUGCAACUACCGCCACGUUUACAGCCACCCCCGUUGCAGCAAAUGCAGCAGCCUCCGCGACUUCAGCAGAUGGCCCCUGCACAGCAGCCAUCAAUAACCAUCCUUCAGUCACCACCUCCUUUGCAAUCUAUGCAGAAGGUUAGACUCAGCCUACAUCAGCCUCCACCUCUACAAAUCAAGAUUAUUCCCCCUCCACUACAGCCUCAGCCACAGGCAGUUCAGGUUCAGGGGCAGAGCAUUCCUGUCAUCAGCGUUCCUCAUUCUCCUGAAGCACAAUCAUCGCCUCCUGAGCACCUGGAGCUUAUGACAGAGGUUGUACAAGAGGAGUCUCCACCACCUCAGAUGGAUGUGGAGCUUGUGAGUGGCUCUCCUCCCCGCAGCCCAUCUCCCCAGCCUCGCUGUGUCCGAUCCGGGUGUGAAAAUCCCCCUGUGGAGAGUAAAGACUGGGAUAAUGAGUACUGCAGCAGCGAGUGCGUGGUAAAGCAUUGCAAAGACACCUUCCUAGCUUGGAUUGCUGCCCGCAGUCAGGGUACAAUUGCGCCUGUGAAAUAACACAAACUCCCCUGGAAUGGGGCAUAGUGUAGGAAUAUUAAAAAGGAGGCCCAUAUGUGGACAAUGCCAGUAUCUACGUGACAUCUCUGUACAUACUGUGUUAUGUAAAGAAUGGAGAAGACUGCAAGGGUGGGGUAGGGUAUUUUUUUCCCACAAAGGUCUGGGGCCAGUGGUACCCUGCGAGGGAAUAUUGGGGGCCCCAUCUGGUGUAUUUUGGAGUUUUUCUCUUGCUCUGAAAAUAUCAUUCAUUUUUUUCCCCACCUUGCUCUGAAACUGUAAAUAUAUUUUAUAGAAUAUGCAACUUUGAGCAGAAAAUUCCACAAUGUUUCAGUAUUUGUCUACCAUCUCAGUACAGCAACAGUAAAGAUGUUAAUUUAUUUUGGCUACAAAUAUUAAGGUUAGUGCCCGGAUUGUAGAAGAA